GUCCAAUGGAAUGGUGGUAAAACGCUGAGCGCUGGAAUUUCGUCACUGGAGGGGAUUAUGACAGACGAAACCACGAAAGACAAAACGUCCUCACUUCCUCAGUCCGAUUCCAUUGUCGCUGGUGUUGGCUGUAUUACGGAACAAUAAUAUCAGCAGCACUGCAGCUACAGCAGUUGCCAGUGGCCAGUCAGCAAUAAUUAAUAUUUUUCUGUGCUAUAAUAUAGUCUAUAUACAAUAUACAUAGUGUCACAGUGUAGGCAUAGUGCCAUAGUGUAUAAAGUGUAUUAUAACAGUAUAGCGUCUACAGCUAUGACGAUCGGUCGAUGAUUCCAACGGUUAUAUUAAUGACAUUAUUUUCUCAUCAGUCGCCCAGCGUUGCAUUUUUAUAUAAUAUUAGUGAUUCACGUAAUUGCACACCUACCUAUAGACACCAACAAUCUUCGAUCAAGUAGGAUACAAAUUUGACCACAUGAUCAGCCAAAGAUUGAAGUCAUAAUGCACAAUAAUAGAAAUAUAAACCAGGAUGACCAAGGUCAAAAUAACCAGCAUAGAAAAUUCAGAACAAAUCCAUCAGCAAAUGCAGAAAAUGACCAAUUUGAUUUUAAGUUGGCCAAACAGAAUGAACGGUCACAGUCCAGUAGUUCUAAUACAAAGGAACAAUGGAGAAAACAACAAAAAUCAACAAAUAGACAAGAACGAUGGGGAAAAAAUCAAAAUUUUGGAAGUAGACAAGAGCAAUGGAAAUCAAAACAGAAUUCAGAAAAUAGACAAGAACAAUUGAAUUUGAAAAAAACCACUGAACACAGACAAAAUAGAAGGGAAGGAAAAAACUAUGAGCAAAAUGAAUAUUCUGAUAAUGAUACAAACAAAAAUAAAAAUAUAAAUAAGUAUAGUUUUGGAUUUAAACGCCUUGAAGAAUUAUGUAGUAAGGAUCCAUCUGAAAUUGUAUUUGUGAUGUCAAAUAAAGUUAAUGGAUUUAUGGAAUUAUUCAAACAAAAUAAAGAACCAGAUUGGAUUUUUUUGCUUAUGAAAGUAUCAGCUAAGAUUUGUUCAACUGAAUUAAUACAAAGUAAACAUUUCUUACUUACAGAACUUAUAUGUAAUCAAUUUUUUGAUCACCUAAAGACAUAUAUAUUAAGUACACCAACAGAAAAAAACUUAAAUAGAUGCAACAAUAUGAAUAUAUUUUAUGAAGAUUGUUUAGUUGUGUUUCAGUCUAUAAMUACAUUAUUUCCAAAAACAGCAGAAGAAAAAUUAAAGGAAAUAAUAGUUAGUAGUAAUAUUGCCUUAAAUGGUAUUAAAAGUUAUUGUAAUCAUAUUAAGAUUAAUGAUACUACAAUAGUUAAAAUGAAUGAAUUGCUAGAAAAACUCAAUGAUAUUGUUUUAACAGAAGAGUUGAAAUUGAAAGAAAAAUUAGUUAUUGAAAAUAUUGCCCAGCUGAUGGAUCCACCUGAAGAUUUUAGAGAACUAACUGUAUAUCCAACUGCAAUUGAUUUCGAAUAUGGAGAACGAUUUUUGAGACCUAAUAUCUCCAAAGGAGCUUAUCAGAAUGUAGAACACUAUUUAGAUGUUCAAUUUCGACUUUUACGUGAAGAUUUUAUUGCUCCACUACGAGAAGGGAUACAAUUUUAUAAAGACACAAUAAAUGAUGAACGCCAUCAACGUCGAAAAAAAAUAAAUAAUAUCCGCAUUUACCGUGACAUUGWAUUUGAAAAAAAAGGUGAAUUUGUUCGUGAUAAAUAUGGUUACCUGGUAAACUUUGACAAAAAAAAUAGAUUAAGAAUCAACUGGGAAAUGGCAAAACGAUUUAUGUAUGGUUCUUUAUUACUAUUUUCUGAAAAUGAUUUUAAAACUUUUUUUUUGGGUAUUGUUUUGGAGCGAAAAAUUGAACUUUUGAAACAAAGUAAAAUAAUUGUGGAACUAUUAGAUGAUGCAAAACCUCUAUUUAAUACACCUCUGACCAUGGUAGAAAGUGAAGUAUUUUUUGAACCAUAUAAAUGUUCAAUGGAAGUUCUCAAAAAUAUUAACUGUCAUAAUUUCCCUAUGGAAAAGUAUAUAAUAUCAGCUUGUUCUGUGGUAGACUAUCCAUAUUAUAUUGAUAUGUUACCUGAACUCCCUUACUAUAAAAUUGAUGAUUUAUCCAAAUUCCAUGUUCUGAGUCAAAAUAAUUGGCCUACUAAAGAACAGCUAGGACUAGAUGAAAUGCAAUUCGGAGCAUUUAGGGCAGCAUUAACUCAAGAAUUUACAGUUAUUCAAGGGCCACCUGGUACAGGAAAAACAUUCAUUGGUUUGAAAAUUAUGAAAACAAUUAUAAGUAAUUUAUAUGAGAGGCGAUUUCUCACCAAACCAAUUUUAGUUGUUUGUUAUACAAAUCAUGCUUUAGACCAAUUUAUGGAAGGAAUAUUGAGUUUUACCAAUAAAGUUAUUAGAAUUGGAGGUCAAUCAAAGUCAAAAAUAAUAGAAGAAUACAGUUUAAGAAAUAUAUCUCGUAUGUACAGAAGAUCCAUUACAACCAAUAGAGGUCUUCAAAAUAUUGGGGACCAAGUCAAAACUACUAUGGAGGAUAUAAAAUAUUUUAAGAAAUGUAGUGAAGUUGUAUCAUACAAUGCAGGAAUAUUAGAGUUAUCAUUAUUGAAAAAUGGAAUGCCUAAACAAUACCAUAAUGUUUUUAAAACUACUUUAGACCUUCUAUCUUGGUUAUUUCAAGAUUUUGAUUAUUUUAGUGUARACCCAAUCGGGUUUAUAACUGGAAUUAGCAAUGAAUUGAUUAAUAGGGUUUAUCAUUCAGAACAAUUGUUAGACAUACCAAAAGGAUUGGUUAUAGAUGAUGAUGAAGAAAAGCGAUAUGAACCAGAUUACUUAGAUUUUGAACAUCAUCAUAAUAAAGAUAUUGUAAUUUAUAGUAUAACAUUAGACGACCUAAAAAAUGCUUGCAAAAGUAAUGAAAAGGGGAAUGUAGGAUUUUUGAAAACUGAGAACAGAAUAUGUGUUGCAUUGUCAAGAGCUAAAUAUGGACUUUACAUAAUGGGUAAUAUGGACAAUUUGUACAAUUCUGGUAAUUUGUGGAAACAAAUAWAAGAAACAUUAAUARAUCAGGGUUCAUAUGGAGAUGAAUUGACUUUGGAAUGUGCCAUUCAUUCUGGUAUUACAACAAAGGUUGCAAAAAGUGAAGAUUUCAAUAUUAUUAUGGRASGKGGUUGUUCAAUGUUAUGUAAAUCAUUACUAUUAUGUGGUCAUUAUUGUUCAAGUAUAUGUCAUUCUUAUGACCGUGAGCAUUUAGAAUUGAAAUGCAUGGAGCCAUGUGACAAGUUCUGUGAUUAUAAUCAUCCUUGUAAGAAAACAUGUUAUAUGGAUUGUGGUGAUUGUCUUGUGCUAAUGAACAGAGAGUUACCUUGUGGCCACGAAUUGACGUUACAAUGUUUUGUUGAUAUUAUUACUUAUCUGUGUGAAGAAAUGGUAGAAGCUGUCCUAGAUAUAUGUKGUCAUACAGUUUUAAAAAAAUGUCAUGACAAAAAUCCCAUCUGUUCAUAUAAAUGCAUAGAUCGUUUAGAUUGUGGACAUGCUUGCGAUAGAAAUUGUCACAAGAAUGAUGAUCCAGAACAUGAGAACUAUAAAUGCAUAAAACCUUGUGAAAAUAUAAACAAAAUGUGCUCUCUAAGUCACAAAUGUCAAAAAAUGUGUUAUGAAGACUGCUCAUUGUGUACUGUUAAAGUUAAGAAAGUUCUGCCCUGUGGGCAUUCAAAGAAUAAUGUGCCUUGUGGAUUAAAUAUUGAUGAGAUUAAAUGUAUUCUUCCAUGUGACCGUCAAUUAACGUGCCUCCAUAUGUGUCAAUCUAAAUGCUUUGAAAAAUGUAGACCUUGUGAAAAUCAAGUAAAAAAAGUUAUACCGGAAUGCGGACAUUCAAUCACAUUGAAGUGUAAAACUUUGCCUGAACGUAAGCUUUGCACUGAAAUAUGUAACAGAAUUUUAGAUUGUGGGCACAUGUGUAAGAAUUUAUGUGCAGAAGAAUGUAGCACUAAAGAUUGUGAGGAAAUAGUAUUGCAAAAAAAUAGUAAACUCGCUUGUGGGCAUAACAGUGUUUGGGUUUUAUGUUGUGAUAAAGAUAAAGAGUUCAGAAUGGACAGCCAAUAUCUUCUUGAUAAAUGCCGUGAACCAUGUUUACAAAAAUUAUUUGUUUACUUAGAAGAUUGUGGACACACUGUAGAAUCUGAAGCUUUAACAAAAUGGAUGAACCAAAAUGAUGAAGAAAUAUGUUUAAAACAGUGUCCGUUAUGUAAAACACCAAUUUUAAAAACCCAACGUUUCAUGAACCAAGUGAAAGUUAUAUUAGAAGACAUAUCUAAUAUAAAAAUAAAACAGUAUGGAGAACUAUCUGUAAUCCGUGGCAACAUGAAAACAAUGAUGAAUUCACUAAAAUCCUUAGAUAAUAAUUUUGUUUCAAAUUAUUUUUGUGAUACAAAUCAUAGAUAUCAUAGAAUCAAACACUUAUGGAAUUUAUUUUGCAAGCCUUUAUUAAGAUCUUUGAGUAAUAAACGUUCAAAGUUCACUUUACCUGCCAAGGACAUUGAAUCAUUAAAUUUUGUCAUUGAUUUGUUUAAAUCUAUUUCAAAGUAUAAAAAUAGAAUUCAAAAAAUCAAAGAUGGACAAAGAAAAGAAUCAAUUAUUAAUCACUUUGAGUGGAUUCUUUCUGUUGCAUUCACUUAUGCGCGCCAGUUGUCAAAUCAGCAAAAAUUUGAUAUUAACAUGGAGAUGGCACGAGGCGCAAGGAUUAUGAGUUUAUUUGAGAUGAUGUCUGACACAAAAUUUCAGAUGGUACAAAAUGAUAUGUACAAUUCUCAUGCAGCAGAGUUAAAAGACUUAGUAGGCAAUAUGGAAGCUCUAAUAAUGUCUUGUAAAAUAUACACAGUUGACAGAGACACAGAAAUACAAAUGUUGACUGAGUUAAUUGAUGCGAAAUUUGAUGGGCUUACAAUUAUAACUGAUAAAGAGAGACAAAUGAUUCAUGCCGCUAUGUCAACCAGUUUUUCAGGAGGCAUCCAAGCUCAAGGGCAUUGGUGCAAAUGUGCGAAUGGCCAUAUUUAUUGUGUUACAGAAUGUGGAGGGCCAAUGCAGAAAUCGGUUUGUCCUGAAUGUAAAGUGGAAAUUGGCGGACAGAGUCACAGACAUGUUUCAGGAAUUACUGUAGCAUCAGAAAUGGAUGGUGCUAGAAAUCUUAUGUAUCAAUGACAAUAAUAAAUUAAUAAGAAUACCUAUUUACUCAAAAAAUACUUUUUUA